AUGGAAGCAGAUUGGCAGCGUAGCGGUCACGCGCCAAAAUCGUACUAUGAAAGUCUGCAAAAAAAUGUAACCACAAAAAACUAUAACCCGCAAAGAUUAUGGUGGGCAAUGUCAGCCGACAACUAUCAGCUGGUGGACAGGGCGAGGACGAGGUGUGAGGACGGAAGAAUUGGAAAAGCGUACGUUAGAUGCUACAAACCCGAGGAGGAGGAUAAUAUUACGUAUAAACAAUAUGUAACAAUUCUUAAGCGGUUUGAUAAACCGGUCUCUACCGUGGGUGUACAAAAGUGGCUCGAUUUUCAUUUUAAUAAUACGGAAAAUUGGUGUAUGAAGAUAUGGAAACCAUUACAUGUGGAAAUCGUUUACAAACGGUUGUUCGACGAUAAUGAUCUGGAACUGCACCGCUUGGUUUGGGCAUAUUGUCCUAAUUUUGGCAUAUGGCCAAAAAAUUUGAUUUCUAAAUAA